AUGAAGUUUACUACUCCUCUUUUUGCUGCUGCUGCUACUCUUGUUGCCGGUGCUGCUGCUGAACUUUAUAUUACUUUGCCUGACGAAGAUACCGUUUGGGUCUCUGGUCAGCCCGGUCAAAUUGCAUGGAAUACCUCUGCUACUGAAUUCGGACUCUCGUGCGACAUUCAAUUGAUCGACGUCGCGACCACUGAGGCUGUCAUGAACAUCACCAACCAUUCUAUUCCUUGUUCCAUCAACCAAUUCACCACCGCUCCUCUUCCUGUGAUGGAAAACGAAGAAUUCAUGGUUAGAAUUGGUGAAACCAACAACAGAACCAUCUGGUCUUAUACUCAAAACUUCAAGAUUGUGAAGGGUGCUCAGAAUGAUGGCAACGCUACCAUUGUGUUGGCUAACAGCACUGCCACCAAUCAAACCACUGAAGCGGUAGAGGAAGAUAAGAAGGAUAAAAAGAAGAAGCACAAGAAGAACAAGCAUCAUCAUCAUCAUCAUCAUGAAGAAGAUGAAGAAUAA